AAAAAAAAUUCUUAAGAAAAUUAGAAAGGCGAACACAUAAACAUAAUUAUUAUUCUGCACCUUAUCUUACCGUUAUGUCCCAGUUUCUCGUCAGUACCGUUUCUAAACACCAAGAAUUAAUACUUGUGACCACUGACCAGUAUAUUCUUUAAUAAUGUUAAAUAUUCUCGAUCUAGGUUUUCUUAGCUUAGCCUUUAUGGUUACCUUUACCGGUUUCCUUAUUAAUCAUUAUGAAAAGCACGUCCCGGCAUUUAUCAUAAAAGGAUUUAAAUACGGUGCUUUUGCGUAUCAAGGUUCUGGUGCUAAUUACUUACAUAUAAUCGAAGUUCCAAAGGCACUUUACAGACAUUUUUAUGCUUUCUCCUCUAUAUUUAGUAUUUCAACUUUAGUGUAUGCAGUUUUAGUAUAUUACUAUGAAUUUACUGUCCAUAAAUAUUUACUGUUUAUCUUGAAGCUGAUUUUGGAACAGGAUGAAGCAUCUGUAUCUGCUGCAGCUGUAUGCAUAGCAUUGUCCCUUCUGACUUUGCAAUGCUUAAGAAGGUGUUAUGAGACAUAUUUCCUACAAGUCUUUGCCAAGGACAGUAAGAUGAACUUAAGCCACUACAUAGCUGGGCUUGUUCAUUAUUUUGCUGUCAUUGUUGCAGCAGUAGGACAAGGCCCUUUAUUUUGUGGUAGUCAAGAUAGAGAAAAAAUUGUGUGGAUUGAUAGAAGAACAAAAUUUUUGUCAAUUCCAUGCAUAUUGAUUUUUACAUGGGCAUUUUAUGAACAGUAUAAAACAAACAUUAUUUUUGCAAAUUUGAGAAAGGACAAAUCAGGAAAUGUUAUAACAGAAACCCAUAAAAUACCCCAUGGACGGUUAUUUAAUCACAUUUCUAGCCCACAUCGAUUUUGUGAGAUUAUAAUCUAUACAGUAUUAAUAGCCUUAAUACCUACAAAAACAUAUUUUUGCAUUUAUUUGUGGGUCUUAUGCAAUCAGAUUCAGACUGCUAUCCAUGCACAUGUUUGGUAUAAAAAUACAUUUAAAGAGUAUCCCUUGAAGCGAGAUGCUAUUUUUCCAGGAAUUCUAUAGAAUAAGAUGUUUUAUAUUUUGAUGUAACAUUUGUUAUUUAUUUUUUAUAUCAAUAUAAGAUUAAAAAUAAUACCAACAAA